CAGGCGCCUGUAUUUACUUCUGGUCCAGUUCGCCCGCUGCUGCCCGCUGCAAUGGAGGUAAACAGGGACGAAGCGGAGCGCUGCAUCGACAUCGCGACUGCGGCGCUGACCAACGAGCAGCCCGAGAAGGCGCAGAGGUUCCUGGAGAAGGCGCAGAGACUCUUCCCGACAGAGAAAGCCAAGGUGCUGCUGGAGCUGAUAGCAAAGAAUGGAUUCACACCUCGACAAGGCAGCGGCCACUCAGACUUCAGCGGGGGCUCUGGGCCUCGACAGCGGCAGACCAACAGCGAGGACACCAGACCAGAAGAAAAGCCAUCAGACACCUCAAAAUCCUACUCGGCAGAUCAGCUGGAGGCUGUGAGGAGGAUAAAACAAUGUAAAGACUUCUAUGAGAUCCUCGGGGUCCAGGCAGACGCCUCCGAGGAUGAACUCAAAAGAUCAUACAGAAAACUUGCUUUGAAAUUCCAUCCAGACAAGAACCACGCUCCAGGUGCUACGGAGGCAUUUAAAGCUAUUGGGAACGCGUACGCUGUUCUGAGUAACGCUAACAAGAGACGACAGUACGAUCAAUGUGAAGAGGAGAGGAGGCAUCCCUCAAGACACGGCCCAGACAAUGGAAACUUCGAGCCAGAUAUUUCACCUGAAGACCUCUUUAACAUGUUCUUUGGAGGAGGUUACCCGUCAAGUAAUGCUAAUGUGUACACCAAUGGGCGGAUGCGUUACCCAAGGCGAGAGAGAAGAGAGCGACAACGGGAUGGAGGCCUCGCUCUGUUCGUACAGGUCAUGCCCAUCCUCAUCCUGGUCAUUGUGUCGGCCCUGAGUCAGAUCAUGGUCAACAGCCCCCCUUACAGCCUCAGCUUCAGGCCGUCAGCAGGUUACACGCAGAAGAGGCUGACGGAGAACCUGAAGGUGCCAUAUUAUGUGGGGGAGCACUUCUCCAGGGAGUUCACUGGCCUGAAUCUGAAGAAUCUGGAGCGGACGGUGGAGGAUGAUUAUAUUUCCAACCUCCGCAACAAUUGCUGGAAGGAGAAGCAACAGAAGGAAGGCAUGCUUUACAGAGCUCGCUAUUUUGGAGACACUGAUCUGUACCAAAGAGCGCAGAGGGCUCGCACACCAAGCUGCGCCAAGCUGUCUGAGAUCUCAGCUUCAUUCCAUGGUUGAUGCUGCUUUCAUAAUUAAAAGUUUCCAGAAUCAACACAAAAGAUUAUCGGCUGUAAAUAGAUGAGCUUUAACAAUCUGGAGACGGAAGAUGAUUCAACAAGCAACACAAACAAACCAGCACCAACCUGCAUCAAAGUGAUCACACAAACUGGUUUAAGCCAUUUCUGCGGACUUUUAGUAUGUUGAAUUAAAAUAUAAUAUGAAUAUAAUGUUUUGACAUGGAAAAAAAGAAAAACACUUAAAAAAGCCAAGCCCCAGUUAUGACUGGGAGCUAUGAAGCUGGCAGAGGUCACUUCACGGUUUCUGUGAGAAUGCAGUAUGAAACCAGACUGUAGCAAGGUUAGAUAUAGUCAUACGGAUGUUAUUUAUGUAGCAGUUUAUUAGGUACCACAGAGAACGCUUCCUCUUUUAUUUCACACGGUCAAAUCAGCGGAGUGGACGAGUUCGGUUUGACUUCAAAUGCACAUUCUGAAACUAUGCAGGAAUAAUGUGAAACCUCUGAUGAAUUUAUAGUCAUAACGUCCAGGGUUUGUCAGACACUUGAACACCUGAGAUUUGUCUUCUUCUGCUGUGUGUGUGAGAGAUAACAAUUAGGAAAUGUCCUUUUACACUUUGCCUCUUUUAAAUGUAGUAGGGAUAGAGUUAUGUAUAUUAACAUUAUGGCACUUCACAAUAAAAGCCAAGGGAAUGAGAGAUGUGCCUACCCACAAAGUGGGACUUUAACAGGUUCUAGUUUUUGAGUACAAUGCCUCUGAUGAACAUCUGUUGGAAGAAGCUAUUUUUGUCACGCCUUUUGAGUUUAUAGUAUGCUAUUUAUGUUUUAAUUUAUUUAAAAAAAAGGAUUAUCAGGCUAAGACAACAACACAGUUCUCGCUCACCUUUUCCACCAUGUUUUUACUCCCGGAUGAAAAAUAAAAUAUGGAUGCUUCAA